AUGGCCACUUCUUCGAGACCGGCGGCCUUUGCAACAACGAGACAUUCCAAAGAAUUCAAAACAAAUCUUAUGAAUAAUGAUGAUGAUAUUUUUGUGAACGACGAUGAGGACGAGGCUUCAGCUCUACCACCACCACCAGCACCAGCACCAGCACAACAACAAUUAGACUCAUCCUCGUCGACAUUGACGUCGACCACCACAUCAUUGUCCGCCAUCUCAGGCCUAUUGCAGAGUGCAGCGGCUGCUCCAGCAUCCGUUGAGAAAUCACUGGCGACCCUGGAACUGCAAUAUUUCAAAGCUGUCUCGCUGUAUCGACGUCGAAAUUAUGAAAAAUGUGUUGAGGUGUGCAAUGCAAUGUUGCAAGCGGGUCACGAAAAUAAUGUCCAAAUGUUUCAUACACCACCAGAUGAGGAGGACGAGGACGACAGCACUUCGCCCGACCAACUGGUCGAUUUUAAGAACAAUGCCAAUGGUGUUGGCAACAUCAACAACAGUAGCAAUGGAAACAAUGUUCAGCGUUACGGUAGCAAAUUGCAACGCAUGGGCGCCAUCAAGGGUAGACCCCACCAGCGUGGAAUUUAUGGCAACAAUGUUGCCACCAAUGCUCCAGCAAGUCCCGCAAUAGCGCGAGCACCAUCAUCCUCAGCCACAACCGCACCUGCAGGAAGUGGGACGGGGGCUGUUGGAGCAGCUGCGGCAUCCUUUAGCAUUUUGCCCACGUGGAUGAUGGAAGGCGUUUGGCAAUUAAAAAUGCGCGCACUUACGCAACGCAUCUACAUUGAUGAUUUGGAAACAAAUGAUGCCGACGAUGCAGUCAAUGAAGAAGUUGAGUUCGAACGAAUUGCCACAACCGCCCGACCAAGAACCUCUAUAAAGACUGCCUUUGUACCAAGGCCCAGCACCAGCACUCUGAGGAGUUCUACAGCGUUAUCACGAGGGGAGAGUGGAACCAGGCGAAUGUUGACCUCAAGCAUGAGUUCAAGGCCCACUUCAGGAAUUGCCCGUCCCGGUACCAGUGGCCUCAGUCGCCCUGGCUCAUCUCUUGGGGGUAGACCUGCCUCCCGCUGUGGUACUGCCUCACGUGUAAGAGCCACCUCAGCGGCAGCCUAUACUAUAGGUGAUGCCACAGCUCCCCUGUAUCAGGCAUCACGUUUGAAUCCCACCAUUUAUGCUGAGCGUAAAGUUUUGGUGAAAGCCCUUUUUCAAUUUCUCUACUAUCAUGAAGCCGAUGUUCUCAAAGCCUAUUCCCUGUGUGAAGCUGUGAUAGAUGUUCACAAACAAAAGCGUGGUUCUUCAGCCUCUCUACGCUCCCUGGCAAGUUGUGAUGAAUGGUGGUGGCAACAACAAAUGGGUCGAUGUUUAUUGGCCCUGAAAUAUCCCCGCAAAGCAGAAAGUUUCUUACACCAAUCCUUGGCAAAUUUUCCACAUCCCGAUACUUAUGUUUUACUAUCGCGUCUUUAUCAACGUUUGGAUCAAAAUCAAAAAGCAAUGGACCUGAUACAAUCGGCCGUGGAUAAGCAUCCCUUCGAUGUGACAUUUCGCAUUGAACAGGGACGGCUGUUGGAUGUCAUGUCGCAAAGUGAAGAUUCUAUGCAAAUGUAUCGUUUAAUAGCCAAAUUGAAUCCAAUCAAUGUGGAGGCCUUGGCUUGCAUAGCGUUAAACUAUUUCUAUGAUAAUAACCCGGAAAUGGCUUUGAUGUAUUAUAGGCGAAUUCUUUCUUUGGGAGUUCAUUCUGCAGAACUGUACUGCAACAUUGGUUUGUGUUGUCUAUAUGGAGGUCAAAUCGAAUUGGUGCUACCCUGUUUUCAAAGAGCUCUACUAACAGCCAAAACCUCAGAACAAAAAGCGGAUAUUUGGUACAACUUAAGUUUCGUGGCCAUUACAACUGGUGAUUUCAAUCUGGCCAAACGUUGCCUACAACUCUGCCUCACAUCCGACGCUCGCAAUGGAGCUGCUCUUAAUAACCUCUCAGUAUUGGCUGCCUAUACGGGUGAUAUCUUAAAGUCAAAGUCCUACUUAAAUGCCGCUAAGGAUGUAAUGCCGGAUUCCCAGGAAAUUAAGAAUAAUUUAAAAUACAUGGAUGAACAUUAUAAAUUGUAAUCGUAAAUAGUAUUUAUUUGUUGUUAACAGAGAAUAAACGUAU